ACGCCCCUCAUAUGCAUAGUCACGCCCCGGGCACGCGGGGUCACGCCCCCCGGCGCGGGGCGGGCGCGCAGUCGGCGGCGGCCAUGGCUCCGAGCGCUCAGGCCGGGGGCGGCCGCGGGCAGGGCCCGGCACCGGCACCGGGGCUCCGCCACGGCAUCCGCGCCGUGCUGCUGGGCCCGCCCGGCGCCGGCAAGGGCACGCAGGCUCCCAAGCUCGCCGAGACCUACUGCGUGUGCCACCUGGCUACCGGGGACAUGCUGCGGGCCAUGGUGGCCUCGGGGUCCGAGCUGGGCAAGCGGAUCAAGGAGACCAUGGAUGCUGGGAAGCUGGUGAGCGAUGAGAUGGUGGUGGAGCUGAUUGAGAACAACCUGGACUCCCCUCCCUGCAAGAACGGGUUCCUGCUGGAUGGCUUCCCCCGCACGGUGAAGCAGGCGGAGAUGCUGGAUGAGCUCCUGGAGAAGAGAAAGGAGAAGCUCGACUCGGUCAUUGAGUUCAGCAUCCCUGACUCCUUGCUGAUCCGGAGGAUCACUGGACGGCUGAUUCACCCAGCGAGUGGCCGCUCGUAUCACGAGGAGUUCAGACCCCCAAAAGAGCCCAUGAAGGACGAUGUCACUGGAGAGCCCCUGAUCCGCCGCUCCGACGAUAACGAGACCGCCCUGAAAACCCGCCUGAAGUCCUAUCACACCCAGACCUCUCCCCUGAUCUCCUACUACAGCAGGAGGGGGAUCCAUACGGCCGUGGAUGCCUCCCAGUCUCCUGACGUGGUGUUUGCCAGCAUCCUGGCAGCCUUCUCGAGAGCAACAUGUAAAGACCUGGUUAUGUUCAUUUAGGGCUCCGUCCCAGGACAGAGCUCUGCUUUCUCUCUCUCCCUCUGUCUCUGUUUCUCUGUCUCUGGGGCCAGGGAGGGUGAAGAGCUGAGCAGAUAGAAGAGGAGGGGACAAGGUGAUGCAGCCCAAGGCAGGGCUGUGCUAAUUCUCUAAUUAAACGAGCUGUUAACGGUCUCUAUCUCGCUAUAUGUGAACGUCAGUCUGUCUGCGGGUGUGGGAGAUUUUGGCCUCUAGAGGCCGCAGCGAGCCCAGGCUCCGGCUGCCAAAAAUGGGAUCUGCACCCUUUUGGGUCAAAAAGCUUUUGUUUCAUCCUAGAAAUGCACCUACCUGGAGAAGGAACUGUACUUCCAGCUCCUCCUGGCUGCUCCACGGGGGCCUAGGAGAAGGUUGGAGGUCAGGAUUAAGUAGUGGGGGAAGGAUUUUCCCAGGUGAUGUGAAGGUGCAGGAAUGAAACGUGGGGUUGCUGUGUGUGUGUUGCUGGGGGAGCAGCCGUGGGAGGGACAGUUUUGCUGCUGCUCGGGGCUGGGUGACAACGUGUUCUCCUUGUAUGUGUUUUAUUCCUGGUGGGAUGGCAGGUCACCUGAGAGCACAGCCUGUCUUCCUGUGCUGAUGGGACUUAGGGGACAGAAAGUGUGUGGGGGUUUCAACCUCUUGUCAUUUGUGGGCCUUAAUAUAGCAAAUUAGUGCUUCUUGCUCUUUUUAAAAACAUGGAGUCCGUGUUUAGAGUCUCACAGUCACUUUGUGGCAGGUUGGGAUCUCGUGAGGAUAAGAAAAGGACUUGGGUUUUAUCUCUUCACUCUUGCCUUGGAAGAUGUGUUGAGCUUCUCCUGAUCCCAAAGUCUAAAUAUAAUAAAGCCUUAUUGCAAAACAAA